AUGAAGCAAGCCCUCGUCUGCUUCCUGAUUUAUAUUGUGGUUGCACAAAGCCAGAUCCACAUUGCAAACGACAACUAUUUCCUAGAGAAACAGCGAUUGAAACGCGCGGCUGAAACUACUACUACGUGCGCAAAUGGUAUGACCACCGCAACACGGAACAUUUUUCUUCAAUCUGUCGCCAAGGGAAAUACAUGGGAUUGUACUUUGGAAACAAAAGCUCAGGCUGUCAUUAAAGAGUGUCUGGCAGAUAACGGAGGAGUGACCGAUGGAACUCUGAAACUUAGCUUCCCAGUUACUGGAACAACAACACCAGAGGCUAUUAUUCAACAGUUUCAAACUGCAUUGCAACUUGCUUCCAGUAACUCAAAUACCAAGGCAGCGGGAGCGGAAUCCAUGGGAUGUUCAUAUGCGAAGUGUGAGCAAAGAGUGGAUGUUCUUUGUCUUUACAGUCGUUCCACUACUGCCCUUCCACUUCCGUAA